CGCAACCUUGAAUCCUCCGGUUUCUAACAUCAGCCAUGAUAAAGGGCGUAAGAAAGUGCUGGUGGGCUGCUGAAAUCGCAAUUAAUACCUAACUACCUACAGCAGUAGUUGCUAGUAACUUGCUACAAGAAGGCGCGUCUCCUUAACUUUGAUUCACAUCAUUGAUAUCGUCCCUUAUCGUCGCUUAUCACUCUCAACCAAGCUUAACUUUCACUUCUUUUCCUUCCUUUUUUCUCUCUUCUUCUCCACGCAUAAGCUUGUUUCACAUCCUUUUUUAACCAACAUUUACUACCUGCAUACUACCUACAGAGUAGUAGUAUUCAUUGUGAACGCUGGAAUCCGAUAAAACUAGACCCUCCUCGAACCACUACUGAGGAUUCAAUAGCAUCAUCACUGCACUUGUGCUUCCAGCCUCCCUCUUAGCACUUUGCGCGGAACCUUGUAUGGGAGCCUUCUGUCACAUUUGAUUAGGCUACGUUCCCUAGUAGAGGAGCGUCCGGUUAGUUACUACAGCAAGUACGAAUCUUACCAAGUCAGCGCUUGCACCUAGGUCUAUUCCGCGAAAAUGGCUCUAUGUCAAUUGCGCCUUGGAGAGGAACGAAAGCAGUGGAGAAAAGACCAUCCUUUUGGAUUCUGGGCAAGGCCAGUUAAGAAUGCCCAAGGUGUUUUAGAUCUAAAGGUGUGGGAAUGUGGUAUCCCUGGCAAGGAGAAAACUAUGUGGGAGGGGGGUCUCUUCAAGCUGACAAUGACGUUUCCGGAUGAGUACCCUACUAAGCCUCCUAAGUGCAAAUUCACGCCGCCGCUGUUCCACCCUAACGUAUACCCAUCAGGCACCGUGUGCCUCUCGAUCCUGAAUGAGGACGAGGGAUGGAAGCCAGCAAUCACUGUCAAGCAGAUUGCUCUUGGUAUUCAAGAUCUCUUGGACAACCCUAAUCCCGAAUCCCCAGCACAGGCCGAAGCAUACAACCUCUUCAAGAGGGACAAGCACGAGUACGAGAGACGCGUGAGGCGGACGGUCAAAGAUAAUCCAGCCCACUAAACAGUACUUUCUUCGAAAGUGGGCAGCGAAUAAUCUAAAGAGAUAGUUAUAUCGAAUGUGCUUUAGGGUCGGAGUUUAGGUUAUGGAUACCAAAUAUGGACGGCUACUUUUUGCACUUUGAGCCCUCGGAGUUGGCACAGGCGACUGCAUGAGGGCCCAAAAUAACUUUUGGCGUGGUGGCCAUGAGAGUUGACUGAAAUUCUGAGCUGAUAGAGGCCGAUCACGUAGUUUCCAUGACCCAGAAAAGUGUUAGAGUGGUUUUGAAGUGGUUAAAGUUGGCUCGUAGUCACGGAACUCUAGUAUGCAAAAGAUAAUCUCUAUAAAUGACAAUUACAACCUCAAAUGACGAAAGUAUCCCCAUUCUGACUUAUUUCAUACUUGAUGAAUCUUAUUAUACCUAGGCAUAUAUAAAUCAAAGCUGAAGUGAAUGGUCCACAGGAAAAUGGUCCACAGGAAAGGCAGGCGGCAUGAGGUCCUGCCUAAUCUCGGUAAGUCAGCAGCUUGGCGAACCUAUGAAGACGGAAUAUGAU